AUGGCAGCUCGGACGCCUCGCCAUGCCAAGGGUCAGAGGACUGCUCCUGAACCACAAACGCACUUGAGGCGUCGAUGGCUUGAUAGGUACUGCACUUCGCCUGAGGCGAUGGAUGCUUCUCUGGGUGCUGUGGAUAUCACGGGAUGCGUUUUGGACAUGUGCGGUGGGCCCACGGACGCCGUCGCGACCCGUCUUCGAUCCACGUGCGAGAUUCUCACGAACGACGUAAGCUCGGGGCGCCCGGCGGAUACCAACCUUGACGCAAGCUUGGAGUCAUUCCCGGAAGACUUUCUCGCAGCUUACUCUGGGAAAAGGCCUGAGUGGGUGGCGACAAGCCCUCCGUACAGCAGGGCUCUGACUUUUGUCAAGGCCGCCAUGUCGUUGGCGACAAAAGGCGUGACGUUCAAAAUGCACAUUUUUUUCCUGGAACCUUGCGCCGAUUGGGGUGGUUGGCUGCAAACGAACCCCCCGUCAUUGUGUGUGUUUCUACGCAGAGCCAAAUACACGCGUGCGAACAAUGCGAAGACUAGCGAAUUCUGGGGUGUGUGGUAUACUCAGGAAAUGAGCUGCCGCAACAGGACGAGGCUUGUUUUCUGUCCUGAAUAGCACGGCUGCAAUUUCGAGCACAGUAUGGUCGGACGUGCAAGUUUGGCUUUCGAAAUAGGUUGGUUGGGUUGGGACAUGUACAAGGUGUAACGUCCCCGCCAAACUUUUCCCAAAAAUUAUUGGUUGUGGGAGUAGAUAUGCAGGUGUCGUAAGACAUUUAUUUCGGGGAUGGGGGGUAGUCGGAGAGCGACAUGAUUGAGCACCGAUCGAAGUUGGGCAUGUUUUCGGGACGUGCUCUAAGCAUACCAGCAAAUGUAUGGAUGUGGCAGUAUCGGUGCACGUAAUAAGUUCUGGUGUCAUGUUUUUGUUUUGAUUGUGCUAAGGCGCGUUUAGUUUUUUGUGUGUGUGUUGUUGUGGCGGCAUGAAUCCGGGAUAGCUCUUGAGCGUGUUCAUUGCGCAGAAAAAAAACUGAGGUCGAUUUACAU